AUGCCCAACCAGUGUCCUUUCCAAACUGCAUCCUCGACCUUUGUUUUCCAUGAUUUAGACACAACACUGAUUAGGUCAGCCAGUCAGUUAGAUAUCAUCCUUCUAGAUAUCCCCAAAAAAUACUAGACAAGUUUUAGAAAAUGAAGAACAUGUGACAGUUAUUAGAAUCAAAAAAAUACAAUACGAUAGAAACCAGGCUAAGGACGAAACCAAUGAACAAAGGUCAGCAAAAUACCUGUGAAACCAAGUCUUGUAUCUUUCUCUUUCCAAGAAGUUGAUUGCUAGCAUCUGCCCCUUGAUUCGCACCUCCACCAGGCGUGGUUAUGCUGGAUACAGGAUUUUCAGGAUAUGAUCCGGUUAAACUCGUAGACUUCUGAACUGCAGACCCAGGCAUCCUAGGAGAUUGUUGCUGCUGCAGAAGCUGCAAUUGUUGCUGCUGUUGCUGCGUCAAAGUUGGCUGCAGGGAUUGAUGUUGUUGCUGUGUACCAAGCUGUGACUGCUGCUGCUGUUGUACUAGUUGAGAAAUCUGCUGUUGACUCAUAGCCAUGACUUUUUGUUGCAUUUGACUUGAGAACUGCUGCUGCAAAAAGGCUUGUUGAUGUCUCUGUUGCUGUGGUUGGAUAUGAUAUGAAGGGGAACCAGGACUACUCAUCGCUGGCUGCAUUUGUCUCAUCCACUGUUGCGGUUGAGAAAGAGAAUUCUGCAUCAACGCCGAUUGGCCAUUUUGAGCUAACCCAGACAGUGUAGUCAUUGAUGCCAACGAUGACGUCCUUUGGAGACCUUGGCCCGUCAAUUUCUAGUAGAAUGGAAAAAUAGUACAAAAAUGAGUGAACGAUCCAAACUAUUAAGACAGAAACACGUUUUGGACUUUCUAAAUUGCAUGCUGAAAGUGCGCAAAAAAAUUUAUAUGAGGUUGAUUUCCGGGGGGUUGUCUUAUCUUGUAUGAGCAAAAAAACAAUAAGAGGGAGCAAAAAAACGCGUCAACUGGCAGGAACUGAUGGAGAUUGUCUUGUCUAAUUCAACGAGCUUCUUAGAAUUAAGGAAAAAAAAGAUUCGCCUAGCUUUACAGCAUAAGUAGCAUUUUGAGAGUGCUUUAUUAAAUUAUUUAAUUAAAAUUUAGAACAUUUAUUAAUAAAUGUUAAUGAUCAUUCAAUUAUUUCAUUUAUUUUUUGCGACAUAGUGAUUAUAGCUUGUAUCUUUUCGGUGAAUCUUUCAUGUAAAAAUUGACCGUGAUUUUAGUAUAACUCAGGAAAUGAACCAUAUUUUCUUUGUAAUAAUUGCUACAUAUUUUUAUCCUAAAUAUGUUCAUGGCCUAGAAACUACUCUUGUCACCGAGGCAGUAACGUGAGGGUUAGUAUCCUGGUCACCAAAAAAAACCUUUAAAAAACUCAAACCAAUGGCAAGGGAAUGUGUCCCAUGACAUCGUCUCCAAGCAAUUAUCACCAAGGAGUUAAAUUUAAGAAAAAAUCAUAACAGAAUGAAUAAAUAGAACACAAUGAGGUAAAAAAAGGUUUCAUAAAACCGGAGAUUGAAGGGAAGAUGACAGAAUAGAUUGUGGAUGGCGGAUGGUAAGAUCGUGUCUCACUCUUCUUGUACUAGUUUUAUGUGUUCCUAAUAUUACAGAUAGACACCAUCCAAAAUUAAGUGCUUCCAACUUAUGCUUCCCGCUUUUACUUCAUAUUAUUCAGCCACAGUUUUGAGCAUACUGAAUAGUUUAUAUCUGGAUCAGAAGCAGCCUAUUUCUAUAAAUAUUAUGGCUUCCAAUUAUUGACAUGUAGAACCAAGAAGUAAUUAUUCAGAACAAGUUGGUUCCCUCAAAGUCAAGAAGAAACUAAUCAUAAAUAGGAUAUAAUAUGUUACAAGUUAGCAUAACCAAUUAAUUCCACCCUUUCCCUCUAAUGAACAUUACUAGGAAAUUAAUUUUCCAAGAAUCAUACGAAAAUUUUGAUAAACAGACAAAAUCAGAACUGAUUUCGGAGCAGAAACAUUCAGGAACUAGUUCCUAUAUCUAACUCCUACUACCCCCCAUGAUGUUCACUUAGAACAGUCAUUGGCAGGCAUACGAAAAGAAAGAAACAAGGGCCUUUCUAAUGCAAUUGGCAUAAAUUAAAUAUUAGGUAAAACAUAAUGAUAAGAAACGAGAUACAAUCAUUUACUGGAUGAUAUUAGUAACGGCUACCUGAGGCGAUGGUGGCGUCUGUUGCAAUAACUGCUGCUGCCUCAUUUGUCCAUGGUGUAACCGUUGCUGAGCCAAAGAAAGAGGCCCGUUCGCUCUAAGCUGCCCGAGUGAACUCAUCAUACCAAUUGAUUGCACACCUUGAAAUGUCUGACCAGUUGAAUUAGAAGGAUGGAACUGGGAGGCUUGGACCAAACCAGCUUUUUGCCUAGGCUGCAGACAAACGUGUCAUUCAAAAUUUCGCUUACACGCAACACAUAUCACAAAACAGAGAAUAACAGGGGGGAAAACUUCAUAGUUUCUGGUCCUUGAUUAACAGGGUUA